GGUCCGUAACAUGUUUUCGAGAACCAUUCUUCAACGGUUGUUAGUGAUCAGUGUCUUUUACCUGGUGUUCGUUGGAGUUGAUCCAACAAGGGCCUAUGACAACGAAGAUGAUGAGCGAAUCGUUGGGGGCGUCCAGAUGGACAUCGAGGAUGUGCCCUACCAGGCGUCGCUGCACAUGGACGGCAGUAUUUUCUGUGGAGGAUCCGUUUUGCGGCCGCACAUCAUCUUGACGGCUUCACAUUGCUUCGUAGGAGUCUCAAGCGCCAGGGGGAUGACCGUCCGGGCUGGAUCAAGCUAUCCGAAUAAGGGAGGCCAAGUGCUAAGAGUGAAGCAAUUCAUUCGGCAUCCCCAAUUUUCGAAGGACACACUAGACUUUGACGUGGCCAUUGUCUACAUGGAAGGAUCGUUCAGAGAUCCGGCCAUUAAGCAGAUUAAGCUUUCAUCGAGCUGGUCUAAUUACAAUGCCGACCGCAUGGGAACGGUCAGCGGUUUUGGAAUGAUCCGGAACAACGGUGAGCUGGCCACGCACCUGCUGGGCGUCAAUGUGCCAAUCAUUGACUGGAAUCGCUGUGAGCGGAUCUACAGGAGCAAGAGCUUCUCGCGGCGUAUGUUCUGUGCCGGCUAUCCCGGUGGCAAGAAGGAUGCCUGCACCGGAGAUUCCGGUGGUCCGUUCGUCUUGAACCGAGAGCUGGUCGGAAUCGUGUCCUGGGGAGUCGGAUGUGCCGACGGCAGGUACCCCGGAGUGUACACCAACGUGCUGGAGGUCAAGGAUUGGAUCAAAAGUCACAUAAAAUAAGCUGGGACCCCCUCGGGUUGAUGGGAGGUUAAUUGAGGGGUUUUUUGAGGUUGUCCCCUUUAACCGUACCACAGAGCUUUUUGAACUACAAUAAAGAACUUUAGUCAAUGUUUGCAGGCCAGUAA